CAUGUUACUUUUAUUCUUUGUCCUUACUACCACUCGAAACUUCGACGUCAUGCCGAUCCAAUCAGAAUAGAGUAGAGAGAUAUAUAGAGGGGUACACCGAUGUUCUUUCUCUCCCUAUCAUCAGUGCGGAUCCACUUGAACAAGCUAAUAUACUCCGCUUUUUGUAUCUUCGAUAUAAACUUUAUGGUAAUAACAAAUUUGGACAGUUUAGAAUAUCACCUACCUGUGUACUGAAAUCUGAAGGAAAUGAUGUGGGAAUUCAAAAAUUGAUGACGAAUAACAUUGACAGUAAUGACUCAUUUUUAUUACUCUAGCGUCUCAAUUGGUAGGUGGCAGAAAUAAAUUUGUGUUGCCAAGGUUUGCAUACAAGUUGAUCUUCUUUUUGGUAUGUUCUGUAUUUUCAAAUAAAAGUGAAAAUAUGGAGUCUAAAAAAUUAAAUCUUAUUGUAUUUGAUUUAGAUUAUACCCUGUGGCCUUUUUGGGUAGAUACCCAUGUAACACCACCUUUCCAAAAAAAUGCCAGUGGUCACAUUGUGGAUAGGAACAAUAGAAAGAUAGAAUGUUAUCCGGAAGUUUCAGAAGUUUUAAACGAAUUACAUGAUGAGGGUUAUACAUUGGCAGUAGCUUCCAGAACUUCAGAAAUAAAAGGUGCAAAACAACUAAUACAACUUUUUGGAUGGGAUAAAUAUUUUAAGUACUUGGAAAUAUUUCCUGGUCAAAAAACAAAACAUUUCAACAACAUCAAGAGUCAGUCUGGAGUUCAAUAUAACGAAAUGAUAUUUUUUGAUGAUGAAUCGCGAAAUAUUGUUGAUGUUGGUGGUAUAGGAGUUACAUCAAUACUCGUAACAGAUGGUGUUAAUAGAAAAAUUGUAGAAGAAGGAAUAAGACGAUUUGCAAGGAAAAAAUAAUGUACAAGUUACUUUAAUUUGAAUAAAUAUUGUUAUUUUCUUCUUAUUUAUUAAAACAGUUUUUAAACACUAAAUGGUGCUUAGAAUUUGUAUGCAA